UGUAUCUAAUAAAUCAUAACCUAACAAACAAUGGAAAUGGAUAUAAUAACUUCCCAGCAAAAUUUGCAAGAAAAACGAGCGUCUUUAAAUAUUUUAUCAAGACCAGAUGGGUCUGUAAUUUUUAGUCAAGGUGAAACCACAGUUCUUGCGGGAUGUUAUGGCCCUAUAGAAGCAAAGUCACAAAAAAUCCUUACAGAUAAAGUUUGUGUAGAGGUCUAUUAUAGGCCAAAAAGUGGAAUACCCAGUAUUGGUGACCGUUCCUAUGAAGCUAUAAUAAAAAACGUUUGCGAAGUGGCUUUAGUGACUUCUCUUUAUCCAAGAACCUCAAUAAUGAUAGUUUUACAAGAAAUGCAAAAUUGUGGAGGGCUAAUUUCUUGUGCAAUAAAUGCAGCGUGUGCAGCUUUAUUAGAUGCCGGUGUUGAUAUGAAAUUUCUUAUUGGAGCCGUUUCUUGCGCUAUCAAUGAAGACAAUAUCAUCAAAUUAGAACCUCCCGCUUUAGAAUGGGAGAACUCCAAAGCAGGAUUCCUUUUCGUAUUUGAUAGUUUUGAAGGGCGAAUUGUAGCAUCACAUACAACUGGUUCAUUUAGUGUCAAUCAAUUUAAGGAGGCUUUAAAAACUUGUCGGGAUGCCAGUGGAGCUGUUUUUAAAUAUUUCAGGGAUAAGAUGAAGGAAAAUGUUAUGACAAAUGAUUUAAAAACUGAUUAGAUUUUAAUAAUAAACUUUUUUUAAUAUGA